ACGAAUCACAGGUUGCUUAGGGUCAAGGAAUGCUCACCUAAAAAUAUGACAUAAAGCAAACAUGGCACCACUCCAGAUUGUUCAUGUCCGCCACGACGCGCAUGUUAUACCGGCCUAACAUUAUUGAAUUGAAAGAUCGACGCUGAUGGAUGUCAGGGUGUUUAUCAGUCUUGGAGCAUUAUUUUCUGUACAAUUUCUACUAAACCCGCGGAAAUUUGAGAAAGAGAGGCUUUUAUAUAGCAAAAGGAAAUUCAACUAGCUAACAUGGGAACCUGCACGUCAUUAGUUAACCAAAUACCGCACGUAGUACAGCAUUGUACGUGACGUACAAUGUACAUUGUACGUGUACAAUGUUACGCCUACUGGUAUGAUAUCAUUUCGAAGGAAGUUUCUCGUUUAAAAGCAGAAAGGAAACUAGCAAGAACCAGUGCUGUUUAGUUCAAAGAGAAGACAGAACGAUGUUCAGUGGUUAUUCAUUUAUUGAUAUCACUGGUGAUUUCAAACAGAAUGCGAAUUUACAAGAUUUUCUCGAUGGGGAUGAACGAUUUGGAAGUUGACAUGCGUGAAUACAACUUCAACCUAACAAGCCCAAAAUAUAUUCUGAAUGGCAUUAUAAGAGAAUGUGAAAUACGCAAAGUCAAAAAGGUUGUUUUUGAACUAAAAGAAUUGGAUGAUUUUGAUAAGUUUUUCCUAAUCAAGAAGGAGAUGGGACGCGUGCUUGCUUUUGAACAAAAUUUACCUGAUUUUCUAUUGGAAGAGAUUUCAUCCGAAGGAAAAUGUCAACAUCCUUAUUGGCCAGAUAACUGGACAACUUCAGUUACAUAUGUCCAUGAUCCAUCUCAAUUUGGUCUAUCGCAAAAGAACUGCUUAACUUCUUACCUUGGCAAAAUCUGUGCUUUGCCAAACUUAGAAAGACUUGCCUUGUAUGGAAUUUGUUGGAAAAAGCUCCCACUUUUCUUUGGGGUAUUUCCAAAGUUGAAAAGAUUCAAAUUGGCAGAUACUAGAAUCUCAGAACUUCCUCAAGCAAUGCGUUUUUGUAGUGAAUUGGAAGUACUUGAGCUUGACGGGAACAAAUUCAAAGUCUUACCAUUUUGGAUAACUAAGUUGAAAAAACUAAAGACUCUUUCAAGACAUCAAAAUUUUCUUGAAAGAAGUAUAAAUAAGGAUUCUUAUGAAUGGCAUGGCCGGGCUCAAUCCUUUCUUGAAUCCCCAAAAAGUCUUUUUCAGCUAUCAGCUAGAGCAGCAAUUCCAGGUUUCUUUAAGAAGGGAUGUAGCCAAGAAUUACCAAUAGAAGUGUCUCAAGAACUGGUAAAACUUUUAGCAAGGAUGAAAGUCUGUGACAUUUGUUCAAAGGCAUUCCCUAAUGAUGAAUAUAUUCGAAUGCAAGAUACAGUUUCCAACUUUAAAGGUUACUCACUCAUUCCAUUUGAAGCAAUUGUUUGCUCAGAGAGCUGCUUUAGGGAUCUUGUGGCAGAGUUUUUUGCAAUGAAACCAAGUACAAGCAAAAAAGAAGAGUAUUGUUUUGACGUUAAAAACUCCAAUUUUCCUUUUUCAAACCUUCUCUGCUGCUCAUGAAUUUUCUGCAGAAGUACCAAUGCUGGGACUUGAAAUUUGGGAGAAGAUAUCAUGAAGAAGAAAUACUUGGUUUUAGAAAACUGGUAAUACGUCUUAUUGGAAAGUUAAAAGGGAUAUGAUAACCCUAUACUAACUUUGGAGCCCUUUCAAAGAUGCUAAAAAUUUAUGCAAAUUGCACUGAAAAGCGAAAGUACGGUUAGUUUAAUUGAUUAUUGAAGAAACUUUGGUCAUUAUCCAGCGUUAAUUCUCUGAGGAAUGUCAAACGAAAAGCACUUUGGUAUUUUCUGUUUUCACAUUUCAGUGCUUUUGCCAAACUACCAUUUUGUAACCUAGGGGCCAACUGGCUAAUGCAUUAGCAAAACAUUUGAAAGAUAGAUACGCUGACCAAAUUGAAUUUAAAAUUAAUUCUCCUACUGAUUAUCUCUGAGGGUCCUUUUACAAGGUCAACUAUUUUCAUCAGAUAUUCAUCCUGUAUUGAUAAUUGUAAAUAAAAGUUAAAUAUUUUGUUAUAUUUUAAAAUAUUAAUAUCUGAUGAAAGACUAAUGAAUGAACUAGAUUGUGUAGCAGGGUAUGUAAAUUAUCAAAAUUUGGCUAAUGUAAUAUGAAUUUGGCUUACGAUUCGUUUCUCGCUUAAAUAAUGUGAAUAUUUAAUAUAAUUGUUUAAUAUAUAAUAGUGUAUUGUGUACUAAUAUUUUUAUUAUAUUUUUCCAUUAACUUUA